CCACGAGUGUCUUGUUCCUGCAAGUGACAAGAAGUCAUUUGAGGGGCAGACGCUGUAUUUUGGAGGCAGCUCAGUUUCUAAUCCAACACGAGCGGUGGGAACUUCAGAAGUUGAUUUUCGUCAAAGUCUCCUUCAUCUCCAGCCGACACAUUAAAACUUUCCAUUUAAAAUACUGUAUAUUAGUACUGUAGCUCWGACUUAUGCUUAAACAUCCCCCCGCUUUAAAAUGAGAAUAGUAAAACUAAGAGAAAAAGAACCGCGGUGAUGCAUAUAUUCGUUUUCAUGGCGGUGACAUCCAAUCAGCUUCCUUUAAUUUGUCAAUGGGUGCGGCACGCGACGAUGACAACCAAUCCGCUUCGAGCAUUCUGUCAGCGGGCGUGGCAAGCGACUCAUGAAUAUCCAAUGAGAACGCUCUGUGGAKUCAGAGAACAAUUUGUUUUUCCUCGUCUUUCAGCGUUUUUAUUGACGUACGGACUCAGACGCCAGCAGGAGUCGCAGCUAAAGUUACAAAUCCCGGUACUUUUUUUUUUCUCUCCGCCCUUUGUGAGUUCCGGUUUAGCGGCCGAACACCGUCCCGGUUUCCCCCUCGGAGCUUCGGCAAGGAACAAUGCCCGGCAAAGCGGCGGUGGCGCUGGCACUUCAGCCCAGCCUGAACGUCGCUCCGGCGGCUCCACAGAAGUCCUUCCCUUUUGUUUUGAAGAAGAUCAUGGAUAUCCCUCCUCCUAAUAUCUUGGAGGAAGGCGACGACGAUCUAGAGAAAGAGAAGCAGAGCUCCUCUGAGAAUGGCGAAGGAGGUGGGGCGGUGGCGUCCAGCGAUGGUGGAGGUGCAAGAGGAGGAGGAACAGGGGGAGGUAGUGGCGGAAGUGGAGGCGUAUCGGCCUCCCUGACCCCCGCCAUCUGGGAGAAGACCAUUCCUUACGACGGGGAGACCUUCCACUUGGAGUACAUGGACCUGGACGAGUUCCUCCUGGAGAACGGCAUCCCCGUGAGCCUGGAGGAGGAGGAGCUGCAGAGGACUCUGGCUUCGGUUGAUGGCAAAGGCAAAUCCCUUGGCAAACUUCCCGACUUGGCCGCUGCCGUCACGUCCACUCCCGCUCCCACUGCUGCCGCUCCUCCUGCAGCUGAAGUUUCUGUCUCCGCCCCAAAUCCUGCUCCUCCUCUUUCUCCGUCCACGGCCACCACGGAUCCAGAGGAGCCCAUCACGGUCACCACCUUACAACCCGCUAAACUAGAAGAGGAGGAAGAGCAGGAAGGACAAGAAGAGGAGGAAGAGGAGAACUCUUUGCCUGUGGAAGCAACAGCAGAACAGGAAGUGAAGAAAAAGGAACGCAACACGCCCUCCCCCAUUGACCCAGAUGCCAUCGAGGUGGACAUCAACUUCCAGCCGGAUCCGACAGAUCUGGUCCUGUCCAGCGUUCCUGGGGGAGAGCUGUUCAACCCGCGCAAGCACAAGUUCUCUGACGAGGAGCUGAAACCUCAGCCGAUGAUCAAGAAGGCCAAGAAAGUCUUCGUUCCUGACGAGCAGAAGGAUGAGAAGUACUGGUCCAGGAGGAAGAAGAACAACCUGGCMGCGAAGCGUUCUCGCGACGCACGGCGGCUGAAAGAGAACCAGAUCACAGUGCGCGCGUCCUUCCUCGAGCGGGAAAACGCAGCUCUGAGGCAGCAAGUAGCCGAGCUGAGGAAGGACUGCGGGCGCUGCAAGAACACCUUGGCCCGCUACGAGGCUAAGUACGGCCCGCUGUAAAGGAGAGGAGGAAAAGAAAAAUAUUUUAAAAAUUCCACAAAGCAUCAACGAGACAGAAGCAGAACUCCCUUCCCCGCAGACAUCCAACACAGACACAAACACAAGAGGGAACAUACAUUUGCACUGUUGCCUUCACUGACCUCCAGUCACCGUGUCGAGCGCCAGUCGCCGUCUCUUUGACGUGACGCUGGAGCUUUGGAGACACGCUGGCAGGCGUUGAGGCAUGAUGGGGAGCGGUGGUCACGGGUAGGCCUGUGGAGAGCGCCUGGCUCCUACACUCAGAGAAGAGGGUAGACUGUUUCUGGGUACCCCCAUGCUCGAAGGCACGCGGAAAAUAGGGUUUUAUCUCGAGAAAAGUUACAGUGAGAGCAGGCAGGUACGGCCGAUUUUGCAAGCUUUUAAAUAAUUCUGUCACCACACGGGAGCUUCGUAGAAGAACAAAUCUGGAGCAGAGUCAGUUAGGUGUGCGUUUGUAACAAUGCACACUUUACAUCUAUUUCUCUUUCUUGUGUUGCACUAAAUUCUGAGGCUAAACAGAGGAGCAGGAUUCAUGUUGGUACUGGUGUUAAAGGAGAGAAUGGGAGGAAGACUUCAGUGCCAUAGGUCAGUCAUGAUUCUUCCUUUUCCUUAACCCACACUGUCUGUGCAAACGCACUAUAAAACAACGGUGUGUACUCCCAACUCAUGGUGGUGUUGUGUUCUAAGCCUCAUCUUUGCACUUUUUUCUUAAAAACACAUUGUGUAACGCCUGGUAGCACAGUGGGACCUGCAGUAGUUUCUAUGGAGGGGAAAAUCAAGCAUGAUCUGUAGUUUAAAGCUACUGGGACUUUUCUUUGAUGUUUGGCUUUUAAAGCAUCAUAUAGUAAGAAAACGUAUGGCUUUAAAAUGGAAGGGGGAAAGCAUUUUUUUACUAAAGGUUAGCAUUACAAGUGUGAUCCCUCACCUGUGGAGGGAUAUGUUGGAGAAGUUUAUUUCACAGCUCACUGCAAGUAGAGGGCGCUAGAGUCACUGUCGAUUUAAAGGUGUAGUGACCGGACAGUUUUUUAUUUUUGUUUCCUUUUUAAAAAAAAUAAAUAAAAAUGUAGCCAGGCCCAUAACGGCUGUGCUUCUAAACCUUGUAAAUAUCUAGUCUUUAACCCGAGACUCUCUUUAUUAACCCAACAAUAUCUUUAUAGUUGCCAAAUAGUCAACGAGUGCUGUAUUUAUUCUGAAGGUAAUAACACAUCUGUUGAUUGUGACGUAUAACAAAAUGUCCCACAGUUCUUUAUAUAACGGAACCAAUAAGUGAGCAGGGAAUUUAAUGGGGUAAACUGUGCUUUUGGAUGUUUUUAAAAUGGAUCUAUAAAAUUGUUUUUCAUUUGUUUCUCUUUAUGUAUCCCAAAAGGGGGGAAAAAAAGGCAGCGCACAUUUGCACUGUCCCUAAUGGACACUUCCUGUUUGGAUUGGUGAAGCAGGGCUGUAAGAGUGGUGGUGGUUGAAGUGGAGAGCGCACAAAAGGCACCUUAGUUAAAAUUUGAAUUCAAGGUGAUGAGUUCGUUUUGCCAAAGUGGUUGAGUCUGUAACAUAUUGAACACAGACUGUUUGGAAUUAUAAUUAUUUUUUUACGUUUUCUGUGUCUUUGGCUGAAGCACAUUUUGUGCUCUUCGAGUCACCAUAUUUUUGGAAAGGAAAAACAACAAAAACAGAAGUGGCAAUAAUACUCUUCUGUAGUCGAUGUUUGUUUGAUUUCAGUAAUCAUGUUGUGUGUAAACUUGUUAUGAUGUACUGAAUCGAAAUGUCCCAAAGUCAUCCGUGCUUCCAGUUUAGAUCCUCUCUCUUUAAGGAUCUUAAUGCAUGAAACCCAGUAAAGUUGUUUCCGUUUUAUUUAAUUUUUUUCUUCACCAAGUGUACUUAACGUCUGUAAAACCAUUGGGGGGUAAGGCAGAGCGUCUUUGCUAUGAUACCUUGUUUUUAUAACUGACACGACGGCAAAACAUCAGCUGAACAAAAAGCAUCUUUUUAGGUUGAUCUGUAUUUACACACACCGGAUCAGCUUUUUCUUUUUUUAACCAUUUUUGGGUUUCCUGACGUAUAAUACGUUUUUUGAAGAACUAUGUGUU